ACUUACACAGGGCUUUCUCAUGAAUCUGAGGAUGUUUUGGUGACUACUUUGUCGUUUGUUUCAGGAACAACACUGGUAUCUUCUUUUACAAAGCCGAAGUGUCAAGCAGAAGAUGUCAGACAGUCAUUCAAUGAAGUUCAAUAUUCUUAAAAGAAAUAGAUUAACAUCUCCCAGCAGCAAUUUUAAAUACUCAGAUUUUACAGACAUAUGUUGCACUUCAGCAUUUCUGGACAGCAGAUACAAUGAGUCAGUAAAAGAUCUUGAUGCAGAACAUAAAGAAGCACCAAGUGUAACAAGUAUUUCAUUGCCUCAAGGGCAUUCUGAGCACAUUCAUCCAAAUGCCUUCAUUCCUGUGUCAUCAUCUAUCGAAAAAGAACUGAAUUCUAACUCAAUAUCAGAAGAAAGAGAAGCAACUGGAAGUGCAGAUGUUUUUGAAAGUCCUAAAUCAAGUAGAAAAAGCUCUUCGCUACGCAGGAGACUGCUUUUACCCAAGACUGUUGAAGCUGGCACCACUGUAGAAAGCUGUGAAAGGCAAGCUAGUUCUUCAGGAAGCAUCAGGAAAAAAAAAUUCUCUUGUGUUUUGAACUCUGAAGAAAAACUUCCAAAAACUACUGCAGAUUCUUCAAAAGAUAAAAGUUACAAAACUCUGACAACUAGCACUUCAAAACCUGAGGGCUCUAAUCCUCGUUUUCCAAAAUGGAGAAUUUCCUUUUCACAGCAAAGGACUUCUACAGUAGAUGAGUCCCAGUGUAAGGACCCCUUAUUGCUAGAAUCGGAAAGUUUAUCUCCAAUUCAGUGUAAGGAUGUAAUUGUUAGUAAUGCUAAUGAAUUCAAUGGAAGUGUUCUUAUGAGAGUUGGUGAUGGGGUGCUUAGGACUCUUACUUACAACGAGGCCAAUGAGAAUAAAUUCCUGACUUCUGUCAACAGUCCUGUAGAGAACUUGAAUUUUGGACUAUGUGAUAUAAACUCUCCCCCUGUUAAGGUGGUAAAUUACCCAGAUCUUUCAACACCUGAGGAUAGUGGAUAUAAUUCACUUCCUUUGGACAAAUCAGGAGACUCAUUGUCUGAUCAUGAGGGAUCUUUCCAAGAGCUCUUCCAAAAGCACAGAGAAGAUUCCAAAAUUCUAGAUAAUAAAAGAAAGACAAGAAAACUUGAACGAGUUAGAAGGUUAUCCACUCUUCAGGAACAGGGUUCACAGUCAGAGACAGAAGAUAAUCAUGGCAGUCCUACUUCAAUGCAUAUAUUAACAGAAGAAAGAAAUUUUGUCAGGGAAGAUCAUGAAUUAGUUCUAAAAGAACAACCUAAUGGAGACCUGGUUGUAAGUCAUGGAGAUCUCUCAAGAACUCCAGCUCUGAAAAUAGUUCAUGAAAUUUGCUUGCAAAGACAAAGAUCGGACCAAAAGCAAAUAUCAGAGAAUAUUGAUGGAACAGAAAUAUUUGCAUUAGAUCAUGUCCUUCCUGGACUUAUUGGCAAGAAAAUGGGCCUUGAAAAAUUAGAUAUUUUAACAGAAUUAAAAGACAGAAAUUUAAAACAUGUUCUUGCUAUAGUUUUAGAUGCUUUGACAGUGGAAAGUCUAUGCAGCAUUUGGAAAGUAAGCAAAAACUGGCGUGAAAUUGUUGUACAAGAUAAAAGGGCAGAUAAGAGGAGAAAGUUGUACAUAAAACAGCAGAAAGAAGAAGCUGGGGAAUAUUUAUUGAAGGCUGAAGAUGCUGCCACAAGGCUUAAUAUUCUCAAUAGAUCUGCUCUAAGGCCUGUUCAAGCUCAAGCCAGAACUCCUGUACUACAAACACCACCUUCAUACACUGAAAUUACACCCAGUAACACUAGUUACUCAGCUAGUAGACAGGAAGAAUACCUGAAAGUUGCUAAAACUCUGUUCACUGACGAAGCUCUAAAACCCUGUCCAAGAUGUCAAUAUCCUGCUAAAUAUCAACUGGUAAAGAAUCGGGGACUGUGUAGCAGAGAGGCAUGUGCAUUUGAGUUCUGUAUUUUAUGUCUGCAUGCAUUCCAUGGCUCAAAAGAAUGUAACAGUUUAUCUGCAAAACGGAAGAACAAAAAAGAUGCUCCUCCAGGAAGCGCCCAAAGCAAAAGAAAUUUAAAAAGACUCUAAAUUUGUAAGGCAUGCAACUCCUUACAUUUAAUUCCUCUUCCCCUUCUCAUAAAUUCCUAAUCUUGUUCCUCUUCAUAUAUUUAAUUUCUUUAUAUUUCAUAUAAAGAUAUGCAUUUUGAAAGUC